AUGGCAACGUCCAAGAAUGAGGUCGCGCUCGUCGUUGGUGCCUCUCGAGGCAUCGGGAGGCAGAUCGCCAUAGAUCUGGCGAAGGAAGGGUACGCCGUCGUUGUAGCAGCAAAAUCCACGUCAGACGCCUCGCAAACUCUCCCUUUCCCUCCCGACCCUAACUCUCGCCAAUCCACCAUCUCGACCGUUUCCCGCGAAAUCCGUGAAGCAGGCGGCGAAGCAACGCCCAUAACCGUUGACACACGCGACUACACAAGCAUACAACGUAUGGUGGACCAAACGAUCGCGAAAUACGGACGUUUGGACGUCUUGGUCUACAAUUCCGGCGCGAUAUGGUGGGCCAGCGUGGAAAAGACGCCCAUGAAGCGGUUCCAGUUGAUGCAGCAGGUCAACGUAGAAGGCUUGUACGGCACAGUGCAAGCUACACUCCCACAGUUCGAGAAGGCUGGGUGGAAGGGCAGGAUUGUUGUUGUUAGUCCACCGAUAUACUCCAGGUUCUUUAGGGGGAAGACGGCGUAUGCGAUGGGCAAAGUGGGCAUGAGCGUGCUUACGAAAGGUCUGGCCAUGGACUUCGAGCGCGAGGGGAAGAAAGAUAUGGCUAUUACAAGCAUCUGGCCUGCUACGGCUAUUCAGAGUGCUGCUACAGAAAAUUUAGUGAAAGAGGGAGCAGAGGAUCUAAGGAAAGCGAGUAUUUUCUCAGAUGCGAUACUCGCUAUGAUUCGGGCGCCCGUGUCGGAAGUCAAUGGACAGCUAGAAUUGGACGAAGACUUCUUGAGAAAGAAGGGUAUCGUGGAAUUUGCAAAGUAUAGUGUUGUGCCAGGGACGAGCCCUAGGAGAAUCAUGCCGGCGGAGUUUCCGGAUCUCACGGUUAGCGAGCAAAAUGACGAAGGGAGGAGAGUGGACAGUACGAAGUCAAGAGUUUCAAAGUUAUGA